AUGCUGAGCGCAUUGGCAUCAAUGCCGUCCCAGGCUGUGGCAAGAUCUGGUGAACAAGUUCGGGGGAGCGUGCCAAGCUCCACCAAGGUAGAAGUGGAUUGGGACGAAUUUGAAGAUGAAAGAGAUAUUUUGUCAAAGCUGCCUUUAGACCAGCUUUUGAAGGAGGUGAGGGUGCCUCCUCCCAAAAUAGAUCCAGCGCCCCUGCAUUUGCUUGAUGCAAGCCGCCGGUGCAUGUCUCCUCGUCAUUUGACCAGAUCCUCCGUUCUGGUUCAUGUCUACAAUCUCAAUGAAACCUUUAUGCAAGCAAACAGAGUGUUAGCAGUGGCCGGUAGUGGCGCUUUUCAUGCCGGUGUGGAAAUCUUUGAUUGGGAGUGGUCUUAUGGCAUCUUUGGUGUCAGAAAGACUAUUCCAAGGAACCAGACGCGGCACAUCUACAAGUGUAGCGUUUUUCUUGGGGAUUCAGAAGUGGGCCAGGCGGAAUUUGUAGAGCUGUUGAGAGAGUGCUUUCAAGACUUCAUGGGUGAACACUAUGAGCUCGUGGGGCACAACUGCUGCACUUUUGCACGGGCAUUGGUUCGCAAGUUACAGGUUCGAGCCAUGCCAUCGUGGGUUGACCGGCUAGCACGAGGCUUGAAUUUUGGUGCCAAGGCCGCUCGCGUAGCAACACGUCCCAUGAAGCAGGCAGCUGCAUUAGGCGGCCGCAUGUUGCGGAUGGGUAGAGGUGCAGGAUCAGAAUCGGAUGAUGAUGAGGAUUUGACAGACCUCCCAUCCCCCGUUCUCCAGGACGGCAUUCCGGGUCAAAUUGCAACCGCAAUGCCUCAGCCCUGUGCACAACAGCAACAACAGCCUGGCUUUGCCAUUGCGAAGCCUCAGCUGGCUACUGGACCACCACACGUACCGGCAAAUGGUGGCGUGCGGGACAACACUGCGGGACCGUUCCCGGCCUCAGCUCCUCAUGGUCCCACGCUGCCUUUGCAACAAAAGCAUCCUGAGGCACUGGCGCGAUCUGGCGAACAAGUUCAGGGCAGCUUGCCAAGCUCCAAGGUAGAAGUCGAUGGGGACGAAUCUGAAGAUGAAAGUGACAUUUUGGCUCAGUUACCUCCAGAUCAGUUGUUUGAGGAGGUGGUGACGACGCCCCCAGAAACAGAUCCAGCGCCCCUGCACUUGCUUGAUGCAAACCGCAGGCGCAUGUCCUCCCGUCAUUUGACCAGAUCCUCCGUCCUUGUCCAUGUCUACAAUCUCAAUGGACCUUUUAUGCGAGCAAACAAACUGCUCGCGGUCACUGGUAAUGGUGCUUUUCAUGCCGGUGUGGAAAUCUUUGAUUGGGAAUGGUGCUAUGGCAUCCAUGGCGUCAAAAAGACCAUUCCAAGGAAACACCCGCGGCACAUCUACAAGUGUAGCGUUUUUCUUGGGGAUUCAGAAGUGAGCCAGGCGGAAUUUGUAGAGCUGUUGAGGGAGUGCUUUCAAGACUUCAUGGGUGAUCACUAUGAGCUCGUGGGGCACAACUGCUGCACUUUUGCACGGGCAUUGGUUCGCAAGUUAAAGGUUCAAGCCAUGCCAUCGUGGGUUGAUCGGCUAGCACGAGGCUUGAAUUUUGGUGCCAAGGCCGCUCGCGUAGCAACACGUCCCAUGAAGCAGGCAGCUGCAUUAGGCGGCCGCAUGUUGCGGAUGGGUAGAGGUGCAGGAUCAGAAUCGGAGGAGAAUGAGAACAUGACAGAUCUCCCAAGUCAUUUUCCCGACCCAGGUCAAAUUGAAACUGGAAUGCCUCAGCCCUGUGCACAAGAGCAACAACAGCAACCUCCAGCGCUCCCUGCGCAGUCUGGCUUUGCGAAGCCUCAGCCGGCCACUGGACCGCCAUACAUACUGGCGAAUGGUGGUGUGCAGGAGGACAACACUGUGGGGCUAUUCCCGGCCUCAGCUCCCCAUGGUCCCAUGCUGCCUUUGCAACCUGUAAAGUAUCCCGAGGCGCAUGGCUAUGUCCAACAAAGACAACCAGCACCCCAGUUGCAACAGGCGAUGGUACCCCCAGUAGUGUAUGUGCCAGCUUCAGGCGCUCCAGUGUAUGCAACGCCAUCAGGCCCAUGCAUAUACAUUGCCCCUGGCCAGAUGUACCCAGGGAAUGCGUACCCAGUGGCACCUAGACAACCAGGCUUCCGAUAA